GGGCGAGACAGAGAGGAGGCUGAGUGCACCUGCAUCUGCGCUGGACUGCGCUCUGCGCUCUCAGCCAUGGAGCCGCUGGGCAAACACCUGUUGAGGGCGGAGCCUGAAAGCUUCUUUGAUAUUCUGGAGGAGAGGAGGCGGGGCAGUGACAUAAGCCACGCCUUCAGGAUGUUCAGCCCUCAGCCGUAUCACGGGGCCACGCCCCCUUCUGUUAAAGCCCUCAAUAAGAUGGUGUUGGAAUCGCAGUUCCUGCACUACGUUAUCGCAGAGGUCGCUGCGGAGUCUGGAGAGCCGCGUGAGGGAGUGAAGGAAGAGGCCGCGGGGAUUCUGGACGAAAUGGCUCAGAACCUGCAGCUGAGCUUCAUCCGUCUGCUGGGUUUCUCGCUCAGUAAAAUCUUCAAAAGGCUCUUCCGUUCCAUCCGGGUCAACGAGGACGGACUCGCACGGCUCCAGCAGGCCAUUCAGGAGCAUCCUGUUAUUCUGAUGCCCAAUCACAGGAGCUACAUCGACUUCUUGGUUCUGUCCUACAUCAUGUUCACCUACGACCUUUCCAUUCCCGUCAUCGCUGCUGGAAUUCCUCUGAUGGGGAUGUCUCUAAUUGGUGAGAUAUUCCGACGGUCGGGAGCGUUCUUUAUCCGGCGUGCGAUUGGCUCGGAUAAGCUCUACUGGGCGGUGCUCUCCGAGUACGUCAGGACUAUAGUGCGGACGGGUUUUGCUCCUGUGGAGUUUUACGUGGAAGGACUGCGCAGCAGGACACUGAAGUCUCUGACGCCAAAGCUGGGUAUGAUGCAGAUGGUCUUGGAGCCGUUUUUUAAAGGAGAGGUGUAUGACGUCCUUCUGGUUCCGGUCAGCAUCAGCUACGACCGCGUUCUAGAAGAAACUCUGCUUGCACACGAACUGCUGGGUGUCCCCAAACCUAAAGAGUCCACAACGGGUUUGCUGAAGGCUCGGAAGGUUCUGGAGGACGACUACGGCUGCAUGCAUGUGUGCUUUGGAAAGGCUGUCUCUGCAAGAGCUCUGGCCCAGGGAAGGGUCGACCGCGGGCAGUUCAACCUGGUGCCCAGAGGUUUGCCGUUGAAUGCGAGUUCUGAGCUGCAGGAGUUUGUGAGCGGCGUUGCUCACCUGCUGGUGCGGCUGCAGGAGAAGAACAUGGUCCUCAGCCCCUGGAGCCUCAUGACCUUUACUCUCCUGCAGAGCCCUCAGGGCGUGGACUGGGAGCAGCUUACCCAUAAAACCCUCUGGCUGCGGACCCUCGCCCUGCGGUUUGGAGCCCACCUCAACUGGCCUGCUCAGCUUGCGGAUUCAGAGGUGAUCUCUGACAGCCUGGCCCUGCAUCGCUCCAUAGCCUGCCGCGAGAAGGGGCGUGUCCAGUUGGUUGAAGAGGCGGGGCCAGGACCUGUCACUCAAGAGGAGGCCGCGUUCCGGAAAGCAUCUGCAGUGCUCAUGUGCGCCUCCUACAGGAACCAAGCGCUGCACGUUUUCACGCGGCCUGCGCUGGUGGCUCUCGCCAUGACAACGGCUGCGAGUCCCGGGAAAGAGGACGUCUUCAGACGCUUCUGCUUCCUGCAGGAACUGUUCGCUAAUGAGUUCGUCUUCAUCCCUGGACACGCAGUGCAGGACUUUGAGGAGGGCUGUGUUGCUCUGCAGCAGUGUGGAGCACUGACCAUCACUGACCAGGCGCUGAGAGUAACUGAGGAAGAGCAGGACACCAUCGUCUUCCUCACUGCCGUUCUGCAGCCUUUUAUUGAGACAUAUGAGGUGGUCUGCAGAAUCUUGUGUGAGGAGAGAUUUCAGACGUUCUCAGAGAAGAGCUUCAUAUCGUCCGUUCGUGAUGUCAUCAUCAAACUCCUGAUCUCAGGUGAGGUGCGGUCGUACGAGUGUUUGUCCUCAGACACUCAGAAGAACGUGCUGUCAGCUCUGCUCAGGAUGGGGGCUGCGUCUAAAUCCAGAGUAGCGGAGCAGAAUGAGUACAGGGUGAGCAAAGCUGCAGUGAGGAGAAUAUGGGAAACACUGGGCGGCAGGGUGAACCCUCAGGUGGCGUCGUACUCCAGGCUGUGACUCUGUGAUCUGAGGAGCUGGACUGGAGCGGUGUUCUUCAUCCCUCCAUUCCUUACCUUCUUUCAUCCAACCCACAGCAGCGUCUCAGUCCAGAGGACUCGGGUGCUGGACAGAGUUUUCCCUGCUCUGACGUUCCUGAUGAAAAACCUGCAUUAUUUUGAUGCUCCACUGUAGCUGCUUUGUAGAUGCUCACAUAAACUCAACACCCACUCUAA